AGCGGAGACAGCAUGUAGCUGAAUUUUGGACUUUGCCUUCUUCAUCACAGAUCUCACGCAUAUAUAGAUUGCUGAUACCUCAGAGAACUCACCAAGAAAGACACACCAAGAGACAACUGAAAGAAGUCCUAAGAUAUAAAUAUGAAGAGUUUUAUUGUUUUUGCUGUUGUAUUUAUUGGCUGCCAAGCCAACGUGAUCUGGCAGGACCAAAACAAACUGAAUAUGGAAAUGGUGAAAGAUGCAUUCUGGGAUUAUGUGGCCAAGGCAACUCAAACGACUGAAGACAUUCUGCAGGAGAUCAAAAAGUCUGAAAUAGGACAAGAAAUCAAUUCUAAGAUCUCUGAGAGUGUAGAAACUAUCAGCAAGUACGCAGUGGCCAUUCCAGACCAGAUAACUCCUCUGACUCAGGACCUGCUGGCUAAGAUGUCUCAAGAGGCUGAGCAGCUGAAGACACGUCUGCUGCAGGACAUAAGUACUGUGAAGAGCCAGCUGGAGCCAUAUAUUGAGGAGCUGACUUCGGAUAUCCAGCAGCAGGUGGAACAGUGGAAGAAGGAAGUGAUUCCCUACACAGACUCUCUAUACACUGAGGCUCUGAGAGACACUCUGCUCCAGAAGAGCGAGGAGCUGAGAAUGAGUUUGGAGAAGAGCAUGACUGAGCUCCAGGCCAAGAUCCAAGAACCCCAAGCAGAGGAGUUGAAGCAAAAACUAGAGCAGCACCUACAGGACUUCCAGAAGAACAUGGCCCCAUUCUUCCAAAGCUUCCAAAGCCAGCUCAUGCAGAGCAACCAGGAAAUGCAGCAAAAGUUGGACCCUUACACUCAAGACCUGAAGGCCCAACUCACAGCUCUCUGGGAGGCUUUUGAGAAGAUUAGUCAUUAAAUCAGACAUCUGCUAUCCCAGUGCAUAUCAUUUUUGCAUCAAUGAUGCAUGUUACAUUUACUUACAUUUACUUAUGUUGGGUUGUCAGAUGCUUCAAUCUUAAGUGACUUCCAAGAUCUAAUCAUACAUCUGUUAUGCACAAUCAGGUACUAAUUUGGACAUGCUUCAGUCAAU